CAUGUCUGAGGAAGAGAAGGAGAGCGGGGCGGGUGGACGAACACGGGUCCGUGUCAAGACAAAGACCCGCAGGCGGAAGCCCAAGGUCGUCAUCUCCAAGCAACAGGACUUUAGUGUGACGCCAACAGGGACGUAUGUGGAUAAGGUACACAAGGUGGCAAUCUCGCGAAAGGGCGUCCAGUUUACAGACGCAGGCGGGCAAGACGGAGCGAAUGUGGCGGAGAGUGGCACGGCGUCUGCCUCAAGGUCGACGGGAGAGGCGCAGGCACAGGUGGAGAUGAUGUCGUUUGGGGCCGAUGAAGGCGGCGAUGGGCCAGGAGCAGGUAUGACCCUGGGCGAUCUGGAGGUAGUGGGCGAGGCCGGGAGUGGUGGGUGUGGGACGGUGUUCAAGGUCAUCGACAAGCGGACUGCCGAGGUGUAUGCUAUGAAGACAGUGCGACUUGAGGUGGCAGACAAGGUGAGGGCGCAGAUCAUGCGCGAGCUGCGGACGCUGGACACUUGCCGGUCGGCGCCGGGCGUGGUCGACUUUGUGGCCGCCUUCUUUGCUGACGGCGAGAUCAACAUGGUCAUGGAGUACAUGGAUGAGGGCUCGCUCCUCGACGUUUACCGCGCUAUUGGCCCGUUACCUGAGCCGUUUAUUGGCGCCGUCGCCGUCGCUGUCCUCGACGCGCUAGCCUUUCUGCACGGUCACGGCAUCAUGCACCGGGACGUCAAGCCAGCCAACAUCCUCGUCAACUCGGCCGGCGUCGUCAAGGUCUGCGACCUUGGCGUCUCGGGUGCGCUCAUCAACUCUCUGGCGUCGACCUACGUUGGGACCGUCACCUACAUGGCACCUGAGCGUAUCGAAUCCAGCGGUGACGGUGGGUACACCAUCAAGGCUGACGUUUGGUCGUUUGGCGUCACCCUCGCCGAGCUUGCUCUCGGCCGCUACCCCUACCCGCUAGCACCGUACGGCGAGUUUCCGCCGCCUCGAGACCUCUCCAUAUGGGACGCGCUCAAGCUUGUUGUUGGUGGCGAGACGCCGGUAACCUCCUUCAUUGCCGAGGGUGCGCCGUUCUCGACGGCCUUUGUCGACUUUGCUGCCGCCUGCCUCGUCAAGGAUCCUGCCGCCCGCGGCUCGCUCGACGACCUCGUCAACUCGCCGUUCAUCACAUCCGCCCGAGCCACCCCUGCCGACGUUGUUGCCUACCUCGCCACACAUGGCCCGACCUCUGCUGCCACCGGCGACAGUACCUCGCGGGCCAGCGACCAGGCCCAGGCCCAGGCCCAGGCUCAGACUCAUGCCGAUGCGUCCGACGCCAGCACCGCCACCUCGACAGGCUCGACUGCCGACCGCCUCGCCAAGCCCGUUGUAUCGAUCAAGCCCGCCACAACUACUCUCGGAGCACCACCUUCGCUCCUGGUGUCGUCGUCGGACGACGAGGCGUACGAGCGGCCGCCGCUCCCGCCGCUCCCCACACACCUGUUUGGCUUUGCGGUGAAGAAGGUGCUGAAGCGGAACCUGCUCCAGCUGGUCGCCGACAAGUUCUCGCUCUACGACGCAUCGCCGCCUGUGGUUCCGCCCAUUCCGGCCGCAUGGUCCGAUGACGAGCCGCCGACAAGCUACUCGUCCGACAAUGACGAUGAUGACGACGAUGAUGGUAGAGGGACGUCGACGGCCGGUGGCGGGAGUGCCACUGGCGUGGCCACCGCUACCGGCUCGGGCUCAGGUUCGGACUCGGACGAGUCGGAGGCAAGCUCGGUGUCGGACGGAGGGCCCAAGCCGGCGUGGCUUGCCAACGCCGAUCUAGACUCAGACUCGGCGUCCGAGACCGGUGAUGGGCCGAGCGGACCGAGCUCGAACCUGCCCGAGUACUUUGCAGACGCCGGCACUGAGCUGGGUCUCGAGGUCUGGCGGGUGAUCAAGGGCACGCCGACGCGACUCUCGGCCGAUGAAUACGGUGUCUUUUACAAGGGCGACGCGUACAUUGUGCUCGGCGUGGAGGAGGUCGAGUAUUCCAAGGUCUACUCGCUCUUUUUCUGGAUCGGCGACUCGGUCUCGCUCGAUCAGUCGCUCGCUUGCUCAUUUGCCGCCCAGCAGCUCGGUCGCGCCCUCGGUGCCCGUGCCAUUCGGCAGGACCUUGGUGACGAGUCCAAAAAGUUCCGUGAGUUGUUCUGGUUUGGCAUGGACUUGCGCGAGGGCGGGACAAAGGCCGGCCUGCGCAAGGUGGUCAAGAAAAAGGUGCUCUCACUGUACCAGAUCAAGGGCACGCGCAAGCCCAAGGUCCGCAAGCUUCCGGUCGGCAUCUCGUCGCUCAAUUGCGACGACGUCUUCCUCCUCGAUGCCCACGACGUCAUCUACCAAUGGAACGGCAAGUCGGCGUCGAUGCGGGAAAAGGGCAAGGCGCUGGACAUGAUCACCGUCAUCCGCUCCGACGAGCGAUCUGGCAAGGUCAAGUCGGUUAUCCUCAACCACACCGGCUCGCCGGGCUCGCAGCUGACGUCAGAAGAGCUCGCUUUCUUCCGGCUGGUGGCGGACGCCGGCGCUGACCCGCCGCUUAGCGAGGCCUCGCCUGAUCUCGACGCUGGCCUGCCAGAGCUGGCCAGCUCGGACGAGUCGGACACCGACUUUGAGGCGCGGGUCAUGGCCUCGAUCAAGCUCUCGCGCGUCGCCGAGUCGUCUUCAGGCAAGCUCAGCCUCGACACCGUGGGCGAGGGCGAGCUGCUCCGGCGGUCGGACCUCGACCCGUCGGCGGCAUUUGUGCUCGACUCGUCGACUGGUAUCUACGCAUGGGUUGGCAAGGACUCAUCCGACGCGCAACGGGCGGCAGCGAUGCAGAUCGCCAAGCUCUACCACACCCAGCAGGAGCGUCCUCCGUGGCAGCCGGUUCAGCGCGUGGUCGAAGGCGCCGAGUCAUACCUCUUCAAAGAGUGCUUCAAGGGCUGGCACAAGGCCAAGGCAAGGGCCAAGAAGCAUGCCAUGAAGGCCAAGCUGGAGGCCCGCCGCCGCAAGGCGUCCGAGGCGAGGGCCAAAGCCAAGACCAUCGCCACGCCGAUGAGCGACCUCUUUAACGCCGUUAUGGAGCGGCCGGCCGAGCGCGUGACCGACGAUCCUGGUGGCGGCAAGCUGACCGUCAUGGUUCUCGAGACCGACGUCCUGCAGUACGUCUUGCCGCACUCGAUGUACGGCCACUUUUACACCGCCGACGUCGUCCUUGUCAUCUACUACUAUCAGACCGAAGAGACACCGUCGGAGCCAGCGAGCACCAAGUGCGUCAUCUACUUUUGGGAGGGCUCGGCCGCUGACAAGCGGGUCUGGCUCUCGUUCCAGCACUCGUCUCUCAAGGCACGACUCGAAGAGUCGAUGCAGCCGCAGGUCAUUCGGGUCCGCGAGUCGCGCGAGUCGGCCCACUUUCGCUCGCUCUUCAACGGCCAGGUUGUCGUCCACUACGGCCACCUCUCGUGGUACGUUCCGAUUCCUGCCGCGCGCCUCCUGCCAUCGGACCACCCGUCGUUUGCAAAGUACGCCGAGCUCGAGCCAGAUGCCGAGUUUAACAAGGAUCGUCUCGCGCCGCCGACACCUCAUCUGUGGCACGUCAAGGGCUUUGGCCCCGACUACAUCUUUGUGCACGAGGUGCCGCUCAAGGCUGCAGCGCUCGACUCGAACGACGCCUUUGUUGCCCUCUCGCCACAGCAAGGCGCCUUUGUAUGGGUUGGAAAGGCUGCGUCCGAUAACGAGGUGGCGAUGGCCAAGUUUGCCGCCCACGAAGUCGUCGCGCUCGCCAACACGCACCAGCUUGCCUCGCUCGACGAUGAGGAGGCUAAAGACGCCUUUGUCCUCUCCCGCAUCGUUGUCGCCCGUGAGGGCUCGGAGCCCGACGAGUGGUGGGAGCUGUUUGGCGGCGAGACCGCAUACGUCACGCUCGCUGACCCGGACUUUGCGCCACGGCUCUACACCUGCGGGCAGGGCAAGAACGGGUUCGAGAUCUCAUUUGUCUCCAACUCGGGCCUCACGUUUGACGAUCUCGACUCACGCUCGGUCCUCAUGUUGGACGCCUUUUCGCGACUGUUUGUGUGGAUGGGAGCGCGCGCGCCGCGUGGCGAGCCCGAGAUGGCCCUUAAGGCUGCACAAGAGUACGUCGAGGCUGCGCUCGAUGGUCGCGGUGGCUGUCCGGUCACCAAGGUGGUCGAGGGCGAAGAGCCGCUCGAGUUUACCAAGCAGUUUCUCGACUGGCCGCACGUUGUCAACGGCGCCAGUGGCGGCAACGCCGGGCGGCCCGGGCUCGGUGACCUCGGCUUUGGUGGCGGCCUACGCAAGACCAAGUUUGUGGAUCCGCGCGCCGAGCGCGAGGCUCGACUCGAGGCUGAGGCGAAGGAGCGUGCAGCCAAGUGCGCCGCAGCGCUACAGGCUUCUCAGUGUACUAUUCGGGCCACUGGCUUUGAGCUCCUUGUAGUCCAAGAGUGGCGUCAAUGCGUGACAUGCGGCAUUGAGGGCGAUCUUGUCGGCGUCUGUGCCUCGUGUGCUGCUGUCUGUCACGCCGGACACACACUGAGCGACGCUAAGACCGAGACUUUUUCUGCUCAAGCUGGCGCCAGCGGUUAG